GUAGUAACGACGUCCUCAGCAAUAUCCUCAAGACCGACACCAAUGGCCCGCAGUCGACAACUCGCACCCGGCGUUUCGCGCUUCUCACGUUCCCAAGUUGCGUCUCGCCGUGGUCUGUACAAGGGCCUCAAAAAAUCCAAAGAUUCUAAUGCCGAAGAAACCCCUGCUUUCAAGGAGGUAACAGUUGGUGGAGAGAAGAAUGGUUCUACCCGUCUUGUCCCUACCUCCAAAGCACCUCGAUUCUACCCCGCUGAAGACGUUCGUCAGCCCAAGAAGAGCCGUAAAUCACCAAAGCCCACCAAGCUUCGCUCAUCUAUUACUCCUGGGUCCGUUCUGAUCUUGCUUGCUGGUCGGUUCAGAGGGAAGAGGGUUGUCUUCUUGAAGCAGUUGGAGAGUGGUUUGUUAUUGGUGACUGGUCCAUACAAGAUCAAUGGUGUCCCAUUGCGACGAGUUAACCAGGCCUACGUGAUUGCCACCUCCACCAAAGUUGACCUCGAAGGUUUGAAGGUUGACGCCAAAAUUAACGACGCGUACUUCGCAAAAACCGCUACCAAGGGCUCUGUCUCAGCAGAGGCUGAAUUCUUCUCAGAGGGUAAGCCCAAAGAGAAGGAGCCCUUCCCUGAAGCCAAAUCGGCCGAUCAAAAGGAGUUGGACAAGGCUAUCGUCGCUGCUAUCCAGAAGCAGGAGAACUUGACUAAAUACUUGAAGGCCAGCUUCGGUCUGUCGAAGGGUCAGUUCCCCCAUCAAAUGGCAUUCUAAGGGUAGAUAGCGCUUUGAUGGGUAUGGAUUCUUGGUGUAGAUGAGCGGGAGUUUGGGCGCAGGCCUGCCUAGGAUUUAUGAUAUGCCAUGUUGCACCAUGACUCCACAUUUUUUCGCUACUUAUGCAUAAUGGCCUAUACGAACAUCCCAGGUCUGAAAUUCAUCAUAUUCCUAUGAAACAGCGAAAAAAAAAA